AUGGAUGAAGAAGAGACUGUUCAGCUUGAGGGACAGCCUCAGAGACAGAGGAGACAGCCAAAAGAGGGGUUUUGGGGUUUUGUAUUGAGACCCAUUUAUUGGUUUAGAAUGCUUAGUGAUGAGUUGCAUUGGAGCUUUGUGUUGGGUGUGGUGAUUGUUUAUGGAAUCAAUCAGGGUUUGAGUAUGGGUCUGAGUCGUAUUAGCAUACAGUACUACAUGAAGGAUGAUCAGAAGUUACGACCCUCUGAAGCACAGGUUAUUGGUGGGAUAAUUCAAAUACCUUGGAUUGUCAAGCCUCUCUGGGGUCUUUUAACUGAUACUAUUCCCAUCAUUGGAAGCUAUGCCAUCCAAGCCAUCGACACAAGCUGA